AUGUUCAUUAAAGCUUCACUUCUCUUGUGCUUCGUGGCAUCGGUUGCGGUAACUCUUCCGACGGAUAAAAUUGUAGGAGGACAUUUCGCCGAAGAGCAUCAGUUCCCAUACCAGAUUGCGCUUUUCAACGCGGGAAAAUUUCGCUGUGGUGGCUCGUUCAUUGAUGCCCAGUGGGUGCUCACCGCCGCUCAUUGCGUUCUAGAUGGAUCUGUCAAGAUUCCUCCCAGCAACCUAACGGUGUACGCCGGUUCUUCCAACUUGGAUGGCGAUGGUCAUUAUUUUGAAGUCGAGGACACAUUUGCGCACGAGCAGUACGGUGCUUUCAUGAAUGACAUCGCCUUGAUGAAGCUGAAAUCACCGGCUGAGUUCGAUGAGGGCGUGCAGAAGAUCGAUUUGUUCGACGGUGAACUGGAGGAGCACAGCAAGGUGACCAUCUCCGGUUUCGGACGCGUCGGUACAGGACUGCCUACCUCGAACCAGCUGAAGUUCAACACGAUGUACGCGUUGAGAGAUUGGAGUUGCUAUGCCAGUACGGGUAUCGUGUACGAGGGUUUGGUUUGCUUCAACAGUGCCGUCGAUAAUGGAGCUUGUAAUGGCGAUUCCGGCGGACCGGCAGUGUACAAUGGGCAACUGGUUGGUGUGGCUAACUUCGUAGUGGACGGAUGCGGUAGUCUCAACCCGGAUGGGUACGCUAAGGUUUCAUACUUUUUGGAUUGGAUUAAAGAUACCAUGAAUCGUCACUAA